GGCGCCUAGGGGGGUGCGUUGGCGCUGAGCUCUUUUUUCCAGAAAAUUCCAGAUGAUUUUUGGCGCUCACGACUGGCCGAUGGGUUCGGUUCACUGAGUCAGUGCUCCGGGCUUGCUAAAAUGGACGACGGCUGUUCUGGGGAGUUUGGCCACGGCGGUCGUUCGGAAGAUGGACGCCUCGGAGAGAGAAACUCAUCCGGUCCGAAUCCGUCCGAAGAGAUCAGGAGAGCUGUUGAAGAGUGCCUGUCGUCUUCCUCGAAUACUCUGGAUGUCAGCAGAAAAAACAUUCAGCAUCUUACCGAGGAAAUAUAUAAACCGCCCAACAUAAAGCACUUUCAUCUGGAAGGAAAUGUCAUAUCAGCGAUUCCCGAGGAUUUGUUUCAAAAGCUGCCGCAUCUUGUUUGGCUGGAUCUCCGGUACAACAAGAUUAAAACUAUUCCCCCUGGAAUUGGCUACCACAGGCAAUUGAAAACUCUGCUUUUAGAAAGAAAUCCUAUAAAAGAGCUGCCUGCAGAACUUGGAAACUUAACUUCGUUGACAGCCUUGAAUCUGAGACAUUGUCCCCUAGAAUUUCCACCUAAAGAUGUCAUACAGAAGGGACUGAAAUCCAUUUUGAGCUUUCUUCGAAAUUCUGGGAAUGGAAAACUCUGUAUAGAACCAGCUACUUCAGUAGAAAUGCCAGCUGUUGAAAAGCUAAACUUAACUGAAUUGUUGCAGUCCAGUUUGGAUUUAUCAGAUGAGUGGCCUAAUGAAGGGGAAAAGCUAAGAUUUCAGAAGUUGAAAGAAGAAAUUAUAAAAAAUGAAAAAGAAGAAUUUCUUGCUAACCAACAUUUUGUUGUACUUCAUGAUUUUACUGAAGUAGGGAAAAACCACAGAAAGAAAGAACAGCUCUACUCAAAGUCAGCUCGUCUUUGCAGGAGGAUGUCCACACAGAGAGAGAAGUUUCCUGAGUUUCCAUCCUGUGAUAAGAUGAUUCAGACCAAGCGAGCUGAAGCAUGCAGAUUGGCAGCAGCAAAGGAGCUGAAAGAGGAACAAGCUUUAACUGAACAAAGGAAAAAAGAUGAAGAAACGCUUCCAGAAUGGCGAAGCCAUACAAAGUUGAUGAAAGAAAAGAAGGAAACAUUGUUGAGAUUUUCACCUGCAAAUGCAGAUAUGAUAUCAAAAAAUGCACCAUAUGCUAUGGAUAACAUCAACAACUGUGUCACGAAAGAUGGAGCUGAGAAACAGAGGGACACUACACCUGAAAAAAGUGAACAAAGAUUGUUGAAAGUAAAAUAUGAAGCUACAAGAGCCUCCAGAGAAAAGAAACUGAAACAACAUAUCAAACAGCACACCCAAAUGAUGAAAGCAAGAAAAGAAAACGUAAAAGCAGCACUCCAAGAGGAAAUGAAGAAAGCAAGACAAAAUAUUGAGACAGGGUAGAUUUUUUCCUUGUUCAGAAGCUGCUCAGGAAUAAGCUUUGAACAGAUCUCCAGGGGAAAGCCCUUUUCCAUCUCAAAGCUCUGCGGCCACUGCUGGCUGUUCCUCCUCCACACUGGAGUCUUCUCCGCGGGUCACUGCGCAGAGCUGCACUAGGAAAAGCUCCUGCAGAAGCAGCUCAUUGGUUUCACCAUUUUCUCACUCAUCUUUGUUCUUGUCCUUCUUCCGUUGGUGUGGUAGCAAACAUGACAGAUAAUGGUGUUGCUGCUGUCAAAACCACAGAAAAAGGUGCUCAGUAGCAUGGUGGCUGGCUUGCAAAAUGUCACUUGGUUAGCGGCAACGUCAAAGAUACCUGCAGAAACUGCUGUGUACUCGCAGUUAAGAGCCUUGCAGAACAGGGGAACUCUGCCUGUGAUGGCUUGCUGAAAGUGGUAAUUACCACCCAAAAAGGAACACAUCAGCGGAUGGCAAAUAAGGAACUGUGGGGUCUGGGGAGCUUGAGUUUGGUCACCCAGGCUGAGUGGAUUCCAGCUUCCCAGUGUGCCGUGAACGUGCCGUGCCUGGCGCUGGCAUGGAGCAGCGUAUUUCGGAGAGUGCCUGCUUCAAAGGUGAAAACAGUGGCUCAGAGAGAGGUCAAAGUCUGCUGCCGUGUUUGAGUGCUGCUAUUACAUACUGUCUACCAGCACUGCUAAAUCCUUCCUCACCUCAUUCUUCCUAGAAAGAUAUAAUUAUAUUAGCCUAUUUUGCAUGUUUUUUUAAGUUCUUGUAAAGAAGAUGCAUGGAAUGGGCUGCCAGGAACCAGAGCCUGCAGAGAUGUACUCGUGGACUUCACUGUGAACUUCUAAAUACAUGCAUGAACUUUAAUUGAUGAUCUUAAGUGUUUUGAAAUCCACAUGGUUGUUGCACUUUGAAUAUAACUGUAUUCUACUCUCUAAUAUUCAUAACAUGCUGAAGAGCAAAAGAAAUGAUGUUUUAAUAUCUCCGGUUGUAUUUCUAAAAAGCAAAGUAUUUUCAUGAAGCCUUGUAAAAGCUAUAAUGAAUCUUCAUCAACUUUCAAGAUUUAUUACAGUUUAUUGAACUAGUGAAUGAAUAUGAGUCUUUAUCUGGUAAAAAGUACAUUUAGACACCAACAUUCAGAAUACCUACAAAUAUGUUUAUUACUAAUAGGAUUAGUAGUACAGGUAUUUAAUGCUUACUACUUUCAAAAUCUGUUUCCAAACUUAAGAGCUUGAGCUUGAAUCUUACUAGCUCUUUUUUUCAUCUAUAGCUUCUGCAUUGCUACAAAACGGCCUAUGCGUAUAUUUGCAGUAACAGGAGAAAAAAACUCUGUUCAUUUCACUGUUUUAAAAGACAUACCUAUUUGAAUAUUAGCAUUUGCCUGGAACUGGUGAUGUUGACCCCAGCACGUUGUUAUGCUUGCACAGUUAACACUGAUGCAGCAGUCAUUCGAGGUGUGCACUGUAGCUGUGGUAGCUUUACAGCUUCAUAUAUAUACGAACGGAGCCUGCAAGGGGACGAGGAAAAAGUGGCCCGUUAGACAUGAGCAGUCCUUUCUACUCUUAAUUAUUUAUAAUUAAAUAUCCUAUCUCUAAUUUUUUGUUUUGUUUUAAACCCAAGGUUGAAAAACUACAGACCAAACUAGCAAAACUAAAAGGACGUCGUC